CGAUGUUGGUGAAAACGUUAGAGACGUGCAUCAAAAAGACGAAUAUCAAACAUAUCGACAAUUUUGAAAGUGUUGUGUCAUGAGUGGUUAUAUACGCAUUAUACAAAACUCGAAUGAAUAGUAAUUUAAUAAUAAAAAUAGAACAUUAUACGUAUAAAGUGUUUUGGUGCAGUGCGUUGUGUAAGCGGUGAACUACAGCCAUGAAAACGCGACAGUCGAGUUCAAUAAUCGUCUGUCAAAAUUGCGAUGCGGACUAAUAUGCUGUCUCGUCGCUCACCAUCUUCAAGCGAUAAGAAAGCAAUGCGCAGAAUCAAACCCCCGGACAGAGAAAAGCAAACGAUUCUAUAAUUAAUGAAUCUAGUCUUAUAACAUAAACCAAAGCUAUUGAUUUUGUUAUCAAACAAGCAAUCAAUAACAAGAAAAGCCUACUUCAAGAUAUUACUGGCAUCCUAGAAAAACAAAAAAAUGGGUCUCCAUGUGUUAUUGGCUUCGACAGCGCUGAAGACGAUCAGCGUUACUGGACUGUGGGUGAUACCACUGCUACUUGGAGCACUUACGUAUCACAAUUACAGUUCAUAUGACCCUGAAGCUAAAGUACUGGAUAAAGAACCAAGGAGAGAGUACGAUUUUAUCGUGGUCGGUGGUGGAUCGGCUGGAGCUGUGGUCGCGAAUCGACUUACUGAAGUCAAGGACUGGAAUCUAUUACUGUUAGAGACUGGUCCAGAUGAAAACGAGAUCACCGACGUGCCUUCGCUGGCGGGCUACUUGCAGCUGACGAAACUUGACUGGCAGUACAAGACUGAGCCCACACCGUACGCCUGCCUCGGCUUCAAGAAUCAUAGGUGCAGUUGGCCACGAGGAAAGGUGCUUGGGGGAUCCAGUGUCCUGAACUACAUGAUUUACGUACGCGGGAACCGAUUCGACUUCGACCAGUGGGAGUCAUUCGGCAAUCCAGGAUGGGGAUAUCGAGAUGUACUCAAAUAUUUCAUAAAGUCCGAAGACAACAGAAAUCCUUACUUAUCUAAGAGCCAAUAUCACGGAAGAGGUGGUUACCUUACAGUACAAGAAGCACCAUGGAGAACACCUUUGGUGGCUGCAUUCGUUGAGGCGGGAGUUGAAAUAGGUUACGAGAACAGAGACAUCAAUGGAGCCGUGCAGACCGGAUUCAUGAUCGCACAGGGAACGAUAAGACGCGGUUCUAGAUGCAGUACAGCGAAAGCAUUUUUAAGGCCAGUCCGAACGAGACGAAAUCUAGAUAUAUCACUCAACUCUCAAGUUACCAAAGUCUUAAUUAACCCAAUUACGAUGAAAGCAUACGGCGUUGAAUUUGUAAAACACGGCCAGAAGAGAGUGGUUUUCGCGAAAAAAGAAGUAAUAUUAUCUGCUGGAGCUAUAAAUAGCCCACAAUUACUUAUGUUGUCGGGAAUAGGUCCUAAAGACCAUUUAAGAGAAGUUGGUAUAAAUGUUUUGAAAGAUUUAGCUGUCGGUGAAAAUUUGCAAGAUCACGUUGGCGUGGGUGGGUUAACAUUUCUAGUCGAUAAACCAGUUGCAAUUGUACAGAAUCGUUUCCAAGCAUUCCCAGUUACUAUGAACUAUGUAAUUAAUGAAAGGGGACCGAUGACAACUUUAGGAGGUUUAGAAGGUAUUGCCUUUGUUAAUACGAAAUACGCUAACAGUUCUGGCCUUUGGCCCGACAUACAGUUUCACAUGGCGCCGGCGUCUUUCUCAUCAGAUAAUGGGCAAAUCGUAAGAAAGAUUUUAGGUCUUACAGAUGAGGUAUACGACACUGUAUAUAAGCCAAUUGCCAAUAAAGAUGCAUGGACCAUAAUGCCACUCUUAUUGAGGCCAAACACAAGAGGAUACGUGAAGUUAAAGAGUUCCAAUCCCUUUGAUUAUCCAAUUAUGAAUCCUAGAUAUCAUGAAGAUAGAUUAGACGUUAAUCGUUUAGUGGAAGGAAUAAAAAUAGCUUUGAAAGUAGCAAACGCAUCACCAUUCAAGCAAUUCGGUUCUAGACUUUACAUGAAACCAUUACCUAAUUGUAAGCAAUUUAAAUUUAUGUCUGAUGAAUACAUUGAAUGUCAAGUAAGAACGAUAUCAAUGACGAUAUACCAUCAAUCUGGUACAACAAAAAUGGGACCUUCAUGGGAUAAAAAAGCUGUAGUGGAUCCACGGCUACGAGUGUAUGGUAUUAAUGGACUGAGAGUUAUAGAUGCUAGUGUUAUGCCAACUAUAGUUAGUGGUAAUACAAAUGCAGCAGUAAUAAUGAUCGGUGAGAAAGGUGCUGACAUGAUCAAACAAGAUUGGUUGUCACACAAUCGGUGACAAAAGUGUAACUUACCAAAAUGUGAACUAAUGUGAAAAACUGAAAGUGAUUCCAAAUAGCUAAUUUAUCUAAUCCUAUAAGAUUGUAAAUAUUUGAAAGAAAUUAGACUAAUUGUAUAUUAUG